AUGACCAGCCACGACUGCGCCCCCUGUCCACCGCUACCCGUCGAGCUCGUCGAGCAAAUUAUCGAGCAAGCUUGGUCUUCUCCUAUGACCAGAGAACAGCGAAGCACGUUGUUCCUCACCUUCUGCCACAUCAACCGCACAUGGCUGUCGCUCUUCAUCCACAUCGCUCUGCGGGACGUCCACAUCGGCUGCCCCCUAUCCUCCGAGGACUACCUCCGCCUGCUCAGGGAGCGGAGACCAAGCGACCCAAACAACGACUUCGAGCUCGAGUCUGCGUCAACCACCGCGAACGCCCUCUGCCGCUCCCUGACGUUCCGCGUCGGCCACGACACGCACCUGUCGAUACCGAACGCCGAGCCGUCCGUCCUCCUGUACUCCAUCGACAACCCGUCUGCAAACGCCAUCUCGAGCACCCUGUACAUGGUCAGCACGCUCAACUACCUCCCCAACCUCCGGCGCGUCUCCAUCGAAUACGUCAACUGGGGCUUUGAGGACAUCCCCGAGCAAGGCCGCCUGCUCGCGUUCCCUGACCAGGUGACGGACCUGCACAUCACCUUCACCUUCACCAAACCCGCCCUUGUGCGGCUGGCAGACACACUGCGCACCCGCUACUCCCGCCGCUGGUACGCCGGCGGCGACACUCCAAGCAUCCGGCGUCUCUCGGUCUUCGGCGCACCCAUGGACUUUGUGGCAGAGAUGAUCGAGACGUGUCCGAAUGUGGAGACGGUGGACCUUGACGGAUCCGGUGGCUUGGACGCUCUCCUGCACAUCCCCGAGAGCUUGCACACCCUGAACCUGCACAUGCCUUCGUCCACUCUAGGGGAAUCGAGGCAUAUUGGCGGAUUAUAG